UUUCUCUCCUUUUUAUUUCAUUCAUUCUUUCUUUUUUUUAAAAUUGUGUAUGAGUGCCCUACAGUUGGGUUUCUGCAUGUUGUUCUUUAUCAAACAAAAAUAUACAUAAUGCAACCCCCUGGUCAGGUAUUUGCCAGAUUGUUUAACCAUGGAUAAACAUACACAUACACAGUUUUUUCCUAAGAAAUGUCAGUAAUAUUUUCCACGGUUGUGGAUUUUUCUGAGUCACUCUAGUAGAGUGUAAAUUUUCAGAUUUCAAACCAAGCCAGUAGAAGAAAGUAAAAAUUAAAUAAAAGAGGAAGAAAAAAAAUAAAGAAAUACCACACAUACGACUUUCCUGGGACCUCUGAAGGAAGAAUACUAUCCUUGGAUGUGAUGGAAGUUUUUUUUUUAAUAAAAAAAAAAAAAAAGGAAACAAAAAGUUGCCACACUUGUUGAAUUCAACUAAGAAUUGUUUCUUAUAAACAAGGCGAUGUCCAAUUUUUAACAAUUCCUAUUCAGAUACAAGGGGGGAAAAAUGUCAUUUAGCAGUUUCUUAGACUGGGCUUUUGCUAUGCAUACAAAGUGUGGCUAGCAUCUUAUCACAGAAAAUAGAACCCAUACUAGGCCUUCUCCUUCUCACAUUUGUAAAGAUCAAGGCUGAGGGAAAUUUUGGCAUUGGCUUUGACCCCCAAGAUGGAGCCCUAACAGUUUGCCUGAAGUGUUUCAGAGCCUGAGCCCACCCCUCCUUCUGGAACAGGCUUCAGAUCUGUCAGCUUCCUGAUAGUGGAGAAACGCAGCAGAACAAAAUCUAUGCAUAGGUCUCUGUGCAGGAUGAUUUGCCAUAUUUUCCUUUUGUUCUAAGUGAAGUAAAAUGAACAUUCAAUGUCUGCAGUCAGCUCAUGGUCUCUCUUUGCUGAUGGAGCUCUUGUUUAUGGAGAAGUUGGCCUUCUCUGUUAAGAUCUCCUCUCCCCAGGAACUCCCUGGGAGAGCUCCUGUCUCUCUCUACCUUGCAUUUCGCACCACAGCCAGGGCACGAAUCCUGCUGAUUCAUCUAUUUUUGCCCUUUGUCAUGUAUGGAAAGAAAGGAAGGAUGAAUGGACGGUCUUUGAUUGGCGCCGCUGGUGACGCCCCUCCUGGUCCUCUUUGGAGGGACCCUUUUGGAAAAAAAGCUGGUGAGGCAGCACGCAGAGGCUUCCUCUGGCUAAGCUUGGCCCUGGCCCAUGGGCCACCAGAACAGGAGCCAGAGGAAGAGCUAUCCAUGGAGGACAGCCCCACUGUGGUUAAACUGGACCAGGGUGGAAAUCAGGGUCCACCAGUUCGCAAGAGAAGAUGCCUCCCCAAGGCACUUGGCUACAUAACUGGUGAUAUGAAAGAAUUAGCCAACUGGCUUAAAGACAAACCCCAGGCGCUCCAGUUCGUCGACUGGGUCCUUCGGGGCAUAUCCCAAGUGGUGUUUGUCAGCAACCCCAUCAGCGGAAUCCUGAUUCUGGCGGGACUCCUGGUCCAGAACCCCUGGUGGGCGCUCAGUGGCUGUGUGGCAACUGUGGUCUCCACCCUGACAGCCCUGUUACUCAGUCAGGACAGGUCCGCCAUUGCAGCAGGGCUCCAGGGCUACAAUGCCACCCUGGUGGGAAUCCUCAUGGCUGUCUUUUCAGACAAGGGAAACUAUUUCUGGUGGCUAUUAUUCCCUGUAUCUGCUAUGUCCAUGACUUGUCCAGUUUUCUCAAGUGCGUUGAACUCCGUGUUCUGCAAAUGGGACCUCCCUGUCUUCACUCUGCCCUUCAACAUGGCGUUGUCAAUGUACCUUUCUGCCACGGGACAUUACAAUCCAUUUUUCCCAAGCAAAUUGUUCACACCUGUAACCUCAGUUCCCAAUGUCACCUGGUCUGACCUCAGUGCCCUGCAGUUACUGAAGUCCCUGCCUGUGGGUGUUGGUCAGAUAUAUGGCUGUGAUAAUCCGUGGACAGGGGGCAUCUUCCUAGGCGCCAUCUUCCUCUCCUCCCCACUCAUGUGCCUACAUGCUGCGAUCGGGUCGUUGCUGGGGAUGGCAGCAGGACUCAGUCUUUCAGCUCCAUUUGAGAACAUCUACGUUGGACUCUGGGGUUUCAACAGCUCUCUAACCUGCAUUGCAAUUGGAGGAAUGUUCAUGGCGCUCACCUGGCAAACCCACCUCCUGGCUCUUGCCUGCGCCCUGUUCACUGCCUACGUUGGAGCCAGCAUGUCCAACCUGAUGGCUGUGGUCGGAUUGCCGUCUUGUACCUGGCCCUUCUGUUUGGCGACACUACUGUUCCUCCUGCUGACCACGAAGAACCCCAACAUCUAUAAGAUGCCCCUCAGUAAAGUCACUUAUCCUGAAGAAAACCGCAUCUUCUACCUACAAGCCAAGAAAAGGAUGGUUGAAAGCCCUUUGUGAAUGCAACCCCCAUCCACAGCCAUGGUCACAAGUCAUUUCUGACUAACUACCCCAGUUGACUUCGAGGGUCUCAAAACUGUUGUUUUUACUACUAACAAAUUUCAUACUAAGUCAUUGGUGAUCUGUUCUUUUUCUCAUUUUGUAUUUUUCUUUCAGACUCCAAAACAUGCCCAAACAAGUGACAAGACACAUCAAGGUGAUGUGCUCUGGCUAUGGAAUUUUAAACCCCAGUGGGGCAUUGGCACUGAGACUGUACUGUAUUUACAAAGUCAGGAUGGUCCACCAGAGAGAGGAAGUAAGACCGAAGCUAAUUAUUGAUAUUCUUGGUGCUUGGUUGCACAUGAUGUUAACAGUAUUAAAAAAUUAACCUCUAUAAACCAA